UUUUCAUGUGUGUAGGUUAAAGUGGGACUAGUUUUAUACUGUAGUACAAUGGCUCAUUCAGCAAUGUGUUACCACAGUAUUCACACAUUAACCCCCCAAAGUGAUUUAUUAUUUAAAUGUUAGGAUCUCUCAACUUUUGGAGAUUUACUUUCCUGGAUGAUUGAGAAUGCAUCAAGACUAAAUGUUAGGAUGUUUUCACAAAUUUCACGAAAGGAGGACAACAGGCUUUCUUCAGCGAGUUAUCGAGUAAAACGAAAACAUUUCGUACAGUCGGAGUGAUGCUAUUGGAAAAUCCCUUCGACUGCUUUAUAAGCUCCACAGCGCAGAGCGCUGACACACUCAAACAGCCGGGCCAGGAGAGCGCAUUACUGAAACGUGACACAACAGGUGUUCAAGCAUCGUCUUUGCUAAAAGAGCGAGCUGUUAAAAGUCGAUAUGAAGAAGAUCUCGAUAUUCAACAGAAAGAAGAAGAUUCGGAUGAGUGAGGGCAAGAAACCUUUAAUAGAAAAUAACAACAACAUACAAGACGGACAUGACUGUGCAUGUCAUGGGUGGGAGAACCCAUUGGCCCAGAACUCCUUUAACACUGCAGAGGAGCAAUCCAUGCAGAGACAACAAAGCAUGUCACUUAUGGAACUCGUUCAGCAUCUUGGGGUGUCCUCUGAAAGCCUGUACAACCUCACAGAGCCUAAUUUGGGACAACAGAGUGUCAUUGAUUGGUCCAACCCUCAGACAUUCAAAAUCCUGCACAAAGUGCUGCAGGUGAUCAACUCUGUCAAGCAAUGCCUGCAACUGAUGGACUGGGUCCAACAUAAAUAUCUGAGCAGGGAGGUGCUUUAUAGUUCAGACCAAAAGCUGUUCUGUGAAUGGAAAGACAAGGCAAAGGAGAAGCUGCUUCAAAGUGUGCAGAAAGAGAUCAGAGAGUCCCUGGACAAAAUCCUGCAGAAUGAGACCGGCAUAGCUGCAAGCUGCAUAGAAGAAGAUUAUGUUAAACUUUAUGUGGACACUAUCCAGUGUAUUAAUGCCGUACCCGGAGAAGCACAAAAUCUCCUUCCAGAACUGCACAAUGAAGUGCAAGAAAUUUGUUUCCAAGAGUUUCGAACAUUUGUCAAGAGGUACAGUGAAGAGCAGUAUGUCGAUCUUAAAAAAAGGGCAGAAACUGACAACCCAGAAAUGAUACACUUCCUCAAAACACUGAAAACAUGUAAGGAACUCAGGAAGUAUGCUCAGACUACUGAUACGGGAGUCACACCUUCUCUUGUCAAAGAAACUGUGGAAACACUGGAGAACCUGGAGCAGUCUACUUUAACAUUCCUGAUGGAAAUUAUAACUGUUAUUGCAGAGAACCACUUUAAAGAUUUCUUCAGAUCGGACAGCAACUUGAACAACUUUCUUGAUAGUGUUUACAAACAUUUCCCCACACAGCCCUAUGUUAUGGAUGAGCAAAAAGUGGUGGUGGAUGAGGCCUAUAAGAUCAUCGCCCGUACUUAUCUCGAACAUCUUAUAACAAACAAGCAGAGAACCCUGAAGUGUCGAUGGACUUCUAAUAUUGGUGAACGAAUACAUGAAGAUGCAAACCAUCUUCACAAGAGCAUUUCACUCUUGGCUCCUGGUGUCCACAAGUGGCACACGAUGCUGCUGGGCAUCCAAGAGGUGUUGGACUGCACAUCCAUUGAUGCACUGAAGAUAAUAAUGGGACGUCUACAGCAGGACUAUUUCAAAAAGAGUGAGGACUUCAAGUUCCUGAACAAGUUGCUGAAGUGGAAGGGUCUUUCUAAUGGCGAUGUCAAUGAGGUACUGGACGCUCUUCCCGGCAGUGAAUCCAGACCUAUUUGCAGGUCCUGUUUCUCCUGUCUUACCUGCUGGUGAAGGCUUAGUUGGGCAACACGGGAUGAAGCGCAACAAAAAGAUCAAUGCUGAUUGUUACAUGUUUGUUUAUGAAACAUAAAAAAGACAGCAGGUAGCGUUUGGCUGAGGGAGCAUUAUAAGCUGUGCAAUUUUAAAUGGCACAAAAAAGUUUUGGUCAAAGAGCUUUUUAGUGACAUUUAGUAGCAGCUUUAUUAAAAGGAAAAUGUGUGUUUUUUACUCUUACUGUGUAUUACAGUAAACAACAGCCAUGGUUGUUUAUGUACUUGAAUUUGCUUUGUUUACUGCAGUUAGUAAAAGAAAUGUUUAGAUCAUGUUUUUAAAAAAAAAAUAUUUGUAAUAUUUAUUACAUUUUAUUUAUGAAGGUACAAACAUACAUUUGUACAGAGUGAGGCGAUUUAAAAGCCCACCUAUUAUUCCGUUAUCUUCACUGAGACUGCUCCUGCCUUGUUAAUAAACAUGUAAAACCUCAUUGUCUGAUAAUGAAGCAUGAGCUCCUGGGAUUGUUUCUAUUGCCUAGCAAGCUGUAAUAUUACAAAUUCCAUUAAAAAUUCUCAAAAAAGGAGCCAACAGCACGCGCAAAGGUCCAGUUUAAUGUUGUGGAUGAGUCAGACAAGCAUGAGCUGCCUGUGUAAGGACACCUGUAAGUCAUCACUGCCCCCUGAUGGGGAUUGACUUCCUUUUGUAGCCAGCCUCAAGUGGGACUUAGAGGAACUGCAAUUUUUGCCACUUCAGCUUUGGCCUCAUUUUUCUGCUGAUGACCACUACUUACAACAGAAACACUUCCUGAACUGCAAAUUUUGAACAAGAAAAACAAGCAAUAAUUAAAAAUAGAUAUGAUGAGUGUAAUAAUAUAACACAGGCUGAAUGCAACACAGUUGCUACAGUCCAAGCUGUGAAGUAAAGUUACCACAAAACUGUACGAGUGUGAAUGUGCAGGUUAAUGGAACAGUGAAGGCAUGACUGCAGCUGUGUUAUUCCCUUAAAUGAAAGUGUUGCUUAGAUGUAAUCUUUGGGCAUCUAGAAAAAUUUUAGCUUUCUUUUAGUUGUAACCUUUGACCGUGGCUUCUCUGGCAGAAAGGAUGAAAAACAAUCUCCCAGGAAAUACCGAGUCUGUUGCUAGAAAGCCAUGAUCCAUGUAGCCUUGCAAAAAAAAUCUCCUCAGUUAAAGUCUGCAGUCAGCAGACUAGCUGAUAGAUUGCUGUAGUGUCUCAAAUGUGGCUUAUACUGUUUCCAGGAUAUGGGAAUGUAUGGUUUUAAUGCAGUUUCUUUGUUCUAUUUCUGUUGAAGAAACCUGACUUUUGUUGUCCUUAAUAAUUCUGAAUUUUCUUUGAACUGUGUACUGUUCUUCAGAUUUUUUUUUAAAAGUAUGUUCCUUCUACACAAAAUCUCAACGUUCUGAAAUUGCUUUAAUCUUUACCUGCUACUUUGCGUGAACCUCCUCCAUGAGCUCUAGUUUAUGGUUUAUAGUUUUAAGGCUCUCUGUUCAAUAACUUUUCUUCAUGAAAGAAAUGAUUCUGUAGAUUCCCACGAUCAUUCUGUUGCUAAAGACUGUGAUGAAUAAACUUCAAUCUAAAAACAAA